UUGGUUUUCCUAAUCGAUUAUUCCAGAUAACGUGGAGAGGGAUUUAAUAGAAUCGAGAAGAAAGGUUGGUAUCUGAAGAGAGCUAAAUCACAGUGAGAAGAAGAAGAAAAGAUAAAAGAAUCUUCAGAUCUGAUCGAAUCGGAGAUCCUCCUCAUUGUUUCAAUCGGAAAAAAUGUCAACCUUCAGCGGCGAUGAAACGGCGCCCUUCUUUGGCUUUCUAGGCGCCGCUGCGGCCCUCGUCUUCUCCUGUAUGGGAGCCGCUUAUGGGACGGCAAAGAGCGGUGUUGGAGUUGCGUCGAUGGGAGUGAUGAGACCGGAAUUGGUGAUGAAGUCGAUUGUUCCGGUGGUUAUGGCGGGAGUUUUGGGUAUUUAUGGUUUGAUUAUUGCUGUGAUUAUUAGUACUGGGAUUAACCCGAAGGCUAAAUCUUAUUACCUCUUCGAUGGCUACGCGCAUUUGUCCUCUGGUUUGGCUUGUGGUCUCGCCGGUCUCUCUGCUGGCAUGGCUAUCGGGAUCGUCGGCGAUGCCGGCGUUAGGGCCAAUGCACAACAGCCUAAGCUUUUUGUUGGGAUGAUUCUCAUUCUAAUUUUUGCCGAAGCGCUUGCCCUUUAUGGACUUAUCGUCGGUAUUAUUCUCUCCUCCCGAGCUGGUCAGUCGAGAGCUGAUUAAUUGAACAUUUUGCGCUUUGAAAAUGUGUAUUAUGUCUCUUUUUUCAUUCAAGAUUUGUUUUUGUAGUUCUCUGAUUAGAAAUGGUCAUAACUCAGUUUACUUUCUCAAAUAUUCUUAUGUUGUUGUGUGGUUUUCUACCACACGGAUGCUGUACUCAUAAGGAUUUGGAAUUUAUUAUUCUUCUCAAUAAACAUAAAACCUUGUUUCCUUGGCUGCU